AUGGUUGAUGGAGCUCGUACUAAUACAAAACAACAAACACCAACAAAUACUAGAUCAUUCAGUGAUCAAAAUCAAACCAAAAUAGUUCUUCGUCGAUUACCACCUUUACUUACAAGUGAACAAUUUCUUGAAAUUGUUUCUCCACUUCCUGAUCAUGAUUAUUAUCGUUUUUGUAAAGCUGAUUUAAGUUUUGGUCAACAAUAUGCAUUUUCUCGUGUUUAUCUUAAUAUUCCUAAUCGACAAGAUCUAAUUAUAUUUACAGAAAAAUUUCAAGGUUAUGUUUUUGUUGAUAAAAAUGGAAAUGAAUAUCCUUGUACAGUUGAAUAUGCACCUAAUCAAAGUUAUCCAAAAUCAGAACAACAAUCACGAAAAGAUCCAAAAUUGAAUUCAAUUGAACAAGAUCCUGAAUAUCAAACAUUCCUUGCUAAUAUCAAUGCACCUUUGAGUGCAUCAGAAGCUUUGCCUAAUGCUGAAACAAUUCUUGAAGAAAUUGAAAAGAAACAACGUGAUCUACAAGAAAGUAAAAAUAAACCAGGUGUUACAACAACACCUCUACUAGAAUUUCUCAGACGAAAACGUGAAGAAAAAAAACAGGAAAAAAUGAUACGUAUUCAACAAAAUCAACAACGUCGAAAUAAUAAACAACAACCAUCAAGAAAUGAUGAUGAUUAUAAUACUUCAGCACGAUAUGGAAGUGGUGGUGAUAGAUCAAAUCGACAACAACGUGGUUAUGAUAAAUCAGACUAUCGAACAUCUAAUCAAGAACAGAAACGACCAAAUGAUAAUAAUAAAUCAGCAAAAAAUCGUGAAUCUCAAAAUCCUAAAUCAAAACAAGCAUCAUCAUCAUCACAACAACAAAGCUCAAAAGAAUCGAAAACUAUUUUGAAUACUAAAUCAAACAAUGAAGAAUCAUCACAAAUUGAAACACAAACGAAACGUGAUACUGAAUCAAUCGAUACAACAAAUGAUAAUAUUCAAAAUGAUGAACGACCUAAUUCCUCAAAUAAAGCAUCAUCCAGUGCUGCUCAAAAGAAUCCAAAUGCUCCUGUAAAGAAUCGUCCAUCUAUUCAAAUUUAUAAUCCAGGAGAACGAGCAAAAAUGCGAAAACAACAGCCUCCAUCGUCUUGA